GCUGAAAAUACAACUUCCUGUUAAGAGGCCCUCAGCGCAUUGCUGAAGGUGUAAGCGGUCUUGUCAGUGCUCGGUCUUUCAAACUUACAGCAAGCUUGAGGACACUGGGGGGGUAAAACUUUACGGACUGUACCCUUUGGACAAACAAGAAAACGACUUAUGGUGUCUUAGAGGAGACGCUUAUACCCCGGUAAUGGCGACGUUUCCUGGACUAAGGCUCUUACUCUUGGUCCUGGCAGGAUUGGCACUAUGUAUGAUAUCAACAGCAGUUGAUCCUACCAAACAACCGACACCCCUUGACUCCACCGCAAAAGGUCCAUCCACUCUCACCAUCCCAUCUCAAACCCCCACAUCUUCAAACACAGAUCAGAAAAAAGAUGGAAGUUCAUCAAUCAGUUCAUCCACUUCUACCACGCAAUCACCCAAACCUGCAAGCAGUGCAACUGAGCAAAAAGACACAAAGUCCUCUGACUCUGCAGUCACUGUGUCCAAGAUCACAACCUCACCCCCACUCUCUUCAUCCACAUCCAACAAACCAGACACAAAGUCCUCUGACUCUGCAGUCACUGUGUCCAAGAUCACAACCUCACCCCCACUCUCUUCAUCCACAUCCAACAAACCAGGCACAAAGUCCUCUGACUCUGCAGUCACUGUGUCAAAGACCACAGCCUCACCCUCACUCUCUCCAUCCACAUCCAGCAAAACAGACACUGUGUCAAAGACCACAGCCUCACCCUCACUCUCUCCAUCCACAUCCAGCAAAACAGGCACAGGCACAAACUCUACAAACACUGUGUCCAUGAACACAGCCUCAUCCUCACUCACUUUACCCACAUCCACCACAACAGAAAAUCUGCCUAAUGGAACAAAAACAGAUCAUUCAUGUACCUACACAGUCGAAGAAAGAGAAAAAAAUAGCUCAAUUGCAUUUGAAGUGAAGAUUACAUCAAAUUCCAGUCGCACAAAUUACACUGUUGAGUACACGGACACCUUACAGAAUCACACAAAUACCACAUGGUCAGGGGAUAAACCGAGUCUACCGAUAAAAUUUAAAGAUUUGAAGCCUUCCCGCAACUACACUGUCCAUGUCCCUAACUGCACGUCCACUGAAAACACAUGGUUUCAAGGAGAACUGACUGAGGAGGAUAUAAAGGUUAAUCUGACGGGUACUGAUCAGAAGAAGGUGUGCUUUGAGACUAAAUGGAAUUUCACAAAACAGUGUAUUAAUGUAACAGAAGAUAACGCAUGCAAGAUCCAAACAAUCUUUAAAGAGGUAAACUACACUGGAGUGAAUAUUACUUUGCCCCCAGAAAAGCUUAAUAUCACUUUUGAGAAAUGGAUACCCACCAAAUUUACAUGGGUCAAGAAGCCUGCGAAUUGUGAGAAUAUAAGUAUAGCUUGUUCUUCCACUGGUGGCUCACCCUUCACAGUAACACCAGGACAGAAAAAGGAUCUUGUACCAUCCAGUCACUAUAACUGCACUGGGACUUACCAUUAUAAGCCAUGUGUUUACUGUGAGACAGUUAACAUUAGCACACAUCUCCCGGUGAACAUCAAAUGUGAUGUGAGAAAAGCCAUUGUCCUGACACCAAGUAAUAAAAGCAUACUUGCAUCUUGGGAUCUAAGUCAGAGAAAUUGCUCCAAGCUAAACGUUAAUGCCGAAGUUACAUGCAAGGCCAAGAAGUCAGAAGGGAAAUGCAAUUUGAGUACAAAUAAGCGUUGUAAUGUGACAUCCUUGGAUUACUUUACCGAUUACACUUGCCAAUGUAACGACCCUGAUGGUUACAACUUCUGCGAAAACAAUAACAAGGCCAAAACUCUGUCUGGACCACCUGGGAAGCCUACGAAAGUGCUUGUGGUAAUCAAGUCCAAUAAUAUUAUUGAAGUGUCAUGUGACAAUAAGGAAUGGCAUGGGAACAAUAAUCUAUUUUAUGCAAAACUCGAUCCUGAACAUGAAUGGACGAAACUCGAACCCAGAACUAAAUGUUCCUUUUCUUUUAAAAAUCUCUACUACCUAACUACAUAUCAGUUGAAGGUCUAUGCUGAAAAUGAUGGAAUCCCCAGUGACCACUUUACUCACUCAUAUAGGACUGAAUACAAUUCCGGAGCUGUUUUAGGAUUUCUGGGGUUCCUUAUCGUUGUCACAUCUAUUGCACUCAUGUUUGUCCUGUACAAAAUCUACCUUCUGAAGAGGGACAAGUCAAGGGAUGACCGUGAAAUGGAUGACCUUCUUCCUCAAACUACUCUGCUGCCAGUUGAACCCAUCGCCGCUGAUGCUCUGGUUGAGGCCUAUAGGAAGAAGAUAGCUGAUGAGGGACGUCUGUUCAUGGAAGAAUUUCAGAGCAUUCCACGGAUUUUCUCUAAUUACACUGUGAAAGAGGCCAAGAAAGCAGACAACCAGCCUAAGAACCGCUAUGUUGACAUCCUUCCCUAUGACUAUAAUCGUGUUCAACUCUCUAAUGGAGGCAGACAUGACUACAUUAACGCCAGUUUUAUUGAGGGUUACAAGGAGUCCAACAAAUAUAUCGCAGCCCAAGGACCUAAAGAAGAGACUGUUGGAGAUUUCUGGAGAAUGAUCUGGGAGCAGCAGUCCUCUAUUAUCGUCAUGGUUACCCGUUGUGAGGAAGGAAACAAGACCAAAUGCGCUCAGUACUGGCCAUCACUGGACAGAGAAACCGAGAUUUUUGACGACUAUGUUGUGAAGAUCAAGGGAGAGGAGAACUGCCCGGAUUACAUUAUUCGCCGAUUGAGCCUGAUGAAUAGGAAAGAGAAGUCAGCAGAGCGAGAUGUCACUCAUAUUCAGUUUACGAGCUGGCCUGACCACGGUGUACCUGGAGAACCUGGUCUGCUCCUCAAGCUGCGGCGAAGAGUCAACUCCUUCAAGAACUUCUUCAGUGGACCAAUCGUCAUUCACUGCAGUGCUGGAGUUGGACGCACUGGUACCUACAUCGGCAUUGAUGCCAUGAUAGAGAGCCUGGAGGCAGAGGGCCGUAUGGACAUUUACGGAUACGUGGUCAAACUUCGGCGUCAAAGAUGCCUCAUGGUUCAAGUGGAGGCCCAGUAUGUUCUGAUCCACACGGCACUGAUUGAAUAUAAUCAGUUUGGUGAGACAGAAAUUCCACUGUCUGAUUUCCACUCCACGGUCAACACCCUUAAACAGAAGGACGGCAGUGACCCCAGUUUGAUGGAGAUGGAAUUUCAGAAAACACCAAAGUUUAAAAACUGGAGGUCAUCCAACACAGCGCUCAGCGAGGAGAAUAAGAAGAAAAAUCGGUCUUCUGUUGUACCAUAUGACUUCAAUAGAGUCCCGAUUAGACUGGAGGAAGACGAUGGCCGUGGAAGUGAUGCCGAUGAUGAGGAUGAGUAUUCUUCAGAUGAAGAGGAUGAAAUGCCCACCAAAUACAUCAAUGCCUCAUUUUUGGAUGGAUACUGGUGUCCAAGAAGUCUCAUUGCUGCACAGGGACCUCUCUCAGACACAGUUGAAGAUUUCCUCCAGAUGUUGCUUCAGCAGCGAGCUAGAACUGUGGUGAUGCUCUCUGAUUGCACAGAGAAUGGGCAGGAGUUCUGCUCUCAGUACUGGAAUGAUGAGAAGAAGGAGUUUGGCGAGAUGUCAGUGGAAGUCAAAGAGACUGAAACUUUCCCUACAUACAUCAGACGAAGCCUAGAAAUACAGCAUACGAAGAGGAAAGAAAGCCACACAGUACAGCAGUACCACUUCCUGAAAUGGGCGGGAAAUGAGCUUCCUGCAAACCCUCACGACUUGAUUGACAUGCUGAAGACCAUCAGACAGACUGGCGGCUAUAAAAACAGCAGAGAGAACAGGGGAACGCCCAUUGUAUUUCACUGCAACGAUGGUUCCUCACGUUCUGGAGUUGCCUGCGCUCUGUGGAACCUUCUGGACAGUGCAGACACAGAGAAACUAGUGGACAUCUUCCAGGUGGCCAAAGGCCUGCGCAAGGAGAGGCCAGGGAUGAUCACAAGCCCUGAGCAGUACCAGUUCCUCUACGCAGCUCUGGAGGCGGCGUUCCCAGUGCAGAAUGGCGAGGUGAAGAAGGAGACGGCCUCUCCUGACACUGUGCAGAUCAUCAACGAAGAGACGGCACUGAUCAGUGCUGCCACUGAAGACCAAGAGGGGGCAGCAAGCAGCCAGCCAGCACAACAGCAGGCAGAUGCAGGGGUCAGUGGUGCUAGUGUAGCCAAUGGAGACACUGGGGCCAAUAAGGAUACUGGGGCAAACAAGGAUACUGAGGCAAAUAAGGAAACUGAGGCAAACAAGGAUACUGAGGCAAAAAAGGAUACUGGGGCUAAUGAGGCAAGUGAGUCUAGCGAGCAGACAGAGAAACCUCCCAGUGAAAAUGCCACCAACGGUCCUACUGUUACUGUAGAAGUCUAAACUGUGCAAAUCACACUUAUUCAUAUCAUACUCAUCAAAUUACAGUUUCAAAACAAAACAAGGCUGUAAAUGUGUGUGUAAAAUUAAAUGUAAAAUGGAAAUUCCUGAUUUUUUUAUGUUUUACAUAAUGAAAUUGUGUGCUUGUAAAUAUAACAUUACAGGUCAUUCAUGUGAAAUGCUCUGUUUUAGAGAAGACUAAACACAUUUUUCACCAAGACAGUGAUUAAAACUAAUCCAAAGCAUUCCAUUCUUCUAAACAUCACAAUAAUGCACAAUGAUAAUUUUGAAAUAUGCUUUAAUUUCGUAAUUUCGCUUUAAAUACAGACAUUUUACACCACAUUUAAAUCACCAAAUUUAAAUCCUCCUAAUCACAUUUAUAUUUUCUUUCAUCAGUAUGUUCAUUAUUAUCUGUCAGUUACAUUGUAUAAACAUUAGGGAGUGAACAAGUCUGAGAACAAACUGAUAAUCAUUUUUUGGAGACACAAGGAUCUCUUGGCCAUAUAAAUGCAUUGCAUUUCACUUAUUCUACUUUAAGCCUUUUACAAUUGUAUUCAUAUUCUUUACUUUACAUUUAUGUGUGCAGAGCCAGUACACAGAGGAGUGCGGUAAACAAAAAAAUGACAGCUGAACCCAUUCAUUCUACUGUUGAUAUGGUUUACUUACUUCUCAACCUGAAUUUCUCUGAAUUUAAGAUUCCGCUUUUUUCAUAAACAUAAGGAACAGAGUUGCUGUUUUAUAGUAUCCUCAACAAAUAUUUUAGUCCACUUGCUUUCAGCGUGAACCAGCUGUGUGUGUAAAAAUGUGCUUCAUUUUUUGAUUCUCUCAGUUUUUAAACGUUUAAAUCUGUGUGAAUGUAAUGUAAAUUUAGAGUUUGCUUAUAUUCAUUGUAAUAUUUCGUAACCAAAUUUAAGUUAUAAAGUGCAAAAUGAUGGAAUGUAUUUUAGAGCCGAUUUCGAUUACUAAAGACAGCAAUUACUUUGCACUACAUUGUUGUCUUGAAACAUUCAAACUAUAUUUUCUACAGUUAUAAAAGGACUUGAUGCAUCAUUUGUAUUGCUCUAUAAUAGACUUAUUUAGCUAUGUAAAAGUGAAAACCUGUCAAAAUAAAAUGCUGGAUUUUAAACCA